AUGAAGCCCACAGGGCCCAUUGUGGAUGAAGGCAUUUCAGUGAAAUUGUUUCGUAACUUAGACGCCUCCGUCGACCAAAUCAUAAACGGUACACCUUCUGGUUCCCAUGAACAGUCGUCGGCCUACCCUAUGGAGGCGGAUGAAGACCAAGGGGAGGUCGGCGAAGGUUCGGUGGUUAUUCACUGUGUUAUGGGGCGAGAGCGCAGUAUGUUGCGUCCCCGAGUCGGAGUGGAACAGGCGCAGCCCAGUGACAGGUUGCCUCCCAACGUUCACAUCUGCGGCCGGUAG